AUGAGGCACUAUUCAUCAAGCCUGCAUGGGGAAGAAGAUGAUGAUCAUCCUCUCAUCCAUCACCAACAACAACAAGAAACCCAUCAGAUCUGGGAUCCUGAGGCCGCCCAGGCCGCCGCUCUCCUCGACGACUCCAUUUUCUACACCGGCGCCGACGACUUCCCACCGCUCCUACCGGACUUCCCUUGCAUGUCCUCCUCCUCGUCGUCUUCCUCCACUCCGGCCCCGCUCAAGACCACCGCCACCAUGAGCUGCUCCUCCACAUCCUCCGCCUCCUCCUCCGCGGCGUCCUGGGCCGCCUUGAGGUCCGACGCAGACCACGACGACGACGACAACCGCCGGCGCUACUACAACAACAAGGACCACCAAGUUGUGAACCACCAGAUCGAGAUCGAGAUGGCCAGCAACAACAACGACAACAACAACGAUAGCAACUGCUGCUAUGACUACCACCAUCUCAACAACAACAACAACAACACCGAUCUGCAGGUCGAUACUCCUUCCGGUGGUGGAGCUCUGUCCUCCACCGCCUCGAUGGAGGUGGCUCAUCACGCUCCUCCGUCGGAGCAAGGAGUGGACUGUUGCAUGGACGUGAUGGAUGAGUUGGGGUACAUGGAUCUCCUCGACACCAACGAUUUCUUCGAUCCCUCCUCCAUCUUCCAAGGGGACCACCAAAACCUCCUCCUCCCCGCCGAUCUCCAACCCCAGCAUCCUGAUCAUGAUGAACAAAUGAUGACGACGAUGAUGAUGACGGAUAACGAUAAUCCGACCAACAACAACGGCAUCGAGACCACCACCACCACCACCGCCACGCAGUUACUCCAGGGAGCGGAGGAGGAGGAGGACUUGGGGUCGGUGUUUCUGGAGUGGCUCAAGAACAACAAGGAGAACGUGUCGGCGGAAGACCUGAGGAGGGUGAAGAUCAAGAAAUCGACCAUCGACUCCGCCGCCAGGCGCUUGGGCGGUGGGAGGGAAGCCAUGAAGCAGCUCGUCAAGCUGGUGCUCGAGUGGGUGCAGACCAAUCACCUCCACCGCCGCACCACCACCACCACCGCCGCUGCUGACGUGUCCGCAAGUUCGGAUCCCGUACCUCCACCCCCGAGUUACACCAACCAGCAGGUGUACCAGUUAGUUCAAGAACCCGGCCCAGAUCCGAACCCAAUUCAGGGCCCAUGGGUUGGGCCUCCAGUACCUCAGUAUCCGGAUCUGGCUGCAGGAGGAGUCUCGGUCGGGUAUCCACCGAAUAUCGGGUACGGCGUGGCCGACCCGUUUGCAAGGCGGACGGGUCCGAAUUUCGGCAAUUACCCCGCGGCUGCUGAUUAUAAUCAGGUAAUUGAGCCGGCUCCGUCGUGGCCGGGUUCCCAAUUCGCUAUGUUUCCGGCUGCGGAGAGUCAACUCGGGUCGGGGCAGAUGCAUGCGUUUCCCGGGUACCCGUAUCUUCCAGCCGGGAUGGGACUGGGAGGAGGAGAUAAUAGUAAUACUACCCUGGUGAGGAUGGGUUCUUCUGCUACGAAGGAGGCGAGGAAGAAGAGGAUGGCAAGGCAGAGGAGGUUUCUGUCGCACCACCACCGCAAUCAUCAUCAUCAUCACCAGAGUCAGCAUCAAGCGGCCGCCGGUGGAGGCCAGCACCACGGCGGCUUCGUUGAGCAUCCGGUGGGCCCAACAUCGCAGCAGCAGCAGCAGCAGCAGGGGAAUUUGGUCUACUGGCCACCGGCGCACCAAGGCAGCAGUGGCCUCGUGGCGGUGGCAUCUGGCCCAGCUCCGGCGGCGGAUGGAUCGGCGGUGCAAAACGCGGAUCGGCCGGGCAUGCAGAAUCAGAAUACACAGAGGCAGGGUGGCGGGGCGUCUGAGAAACGACAGGGAUGGAAGCCAGAGAAGAACUUGAGGUUUCUGUUGCAGAAGGUGCUGAAGCAGAGUGAUGUUGGCAACCUUGGCAGGAUAGUUUUACCCAAGAAGGAAGCUGAGACCCAUCUGCCUGAACUGGAGGCAAGGGACGGAAUCUCGAUCGCCAUGGAAGACAUCGUCACUUCUCGAGUAUGGAACAUGCGUUACAGAUUCUGGCCCAACAACAAAAGCAGGAUGUAUCUCCUUGAAAACACAGGAGAUUUCGUGAGAGCCAACGGACUGCAGGAAGGCGAUUUCAUAGUCAUCUACUCCGACAUAAAAUGUGGCAAAUACUUGAUACGAGGAGUGAAGGUGAGGCAGUCGGGGUUCAAACCGGAGAGCAAGAAGGCGACUGGCAAAUCUCAGAGAAACGGCCAUGCAAAUUCUCCAGCAGCAGCAGCUAACGCUUUACCCAUGGCUCAGUCUUAGCAGCAUCAGACGGUGAAGUAAAUAAAGCCAAUAAAAUAACCUUGUUGAUGUAUACAGAUAAAGCCAACUUUCUGGUAUCCGCAGCCUGACAGACCUCUAACAACCGCGCUCUCUCUCUCUCUCUCUCUCCUUCAUGCGCGAAACAUGGGUUAGCGAGCCGAGAAAAAAAAAUGGAUGGUGAUUGCCUGAUUGGGCCAUUUUCAAAAGUUGGCCAAACAUUUCGCCUCUGUUUUGGUUGUUUCUGAGUCACAGAACAGAAG